AUGGAGUGCGACAUCUGCGGGAGAGACGGCAGCCUGAGCCAGCCUCUCCACUGCAUGACCUGCGCGCGCUCAUACCUCGAACAGCCCCGCAUCCAACUCGCAAAGACGCUGAUAGACCGCGAUGCCGUUGCGAAACACGUCACAGCUAUCAUUAACGGCUCGGAAGACAAGGCCAUCCAGCAUGUUUCUCUCACCGACUCGAAAGGCGGGCUCUUGGUCGACAGGCAAGAGUGUACGAACAAUCUGAACUGGGAGCGGACGAAAGCAGAAACGGCAGAGAUACAGGACCGACUAGGCAUGAUAUCAGAGCAUGCCGAACAGCUCCGACAACAGAUGGAGGAUACCAGGAAGCAGCUUGAAGCGAAGCGAGCGGCGAACGCGCAACGCAAGUCAGACCUCUCAUCCGCCACAUACGGCAUCGAAUCGCGGCGGGCGAACGAGUUGGACAAGGUGCAGCAGAGGGUCAAGCGGUCGGACUACAACGCGGACAAGAUGCACCACGAUAACAUAGAUCUGCGCAUGCAGCUAUGCACGACCGCUGCGAGGCUCGCGGGACUCAAGAUGCAGCGGCGAAAGACAAGGGACGGCGGUAUCAAAGAGGUCUACAAUAUCGGGCCCGGCACGCGUUUGCGAAUAUACGAUCUUCGAGAUCUGAAUGAUGUGACGCCUGACGGCCUAUCUGCCUCACUGGCUGCCGUGGCCCAGCUCGUCGUUCGAGUCGCUGCUUACCUGGGCAUCCGUCUCCCAGCCGAAAUCACACUCCCCCAUGCCGAUUAUCCUCAACCUACAAUCUUCAGUCCGGCAUCCUCUUACCAGGGCAAGAAAGUACCUUUCCCUGGCUCGACACCCUCACAUUCGUCCAGCGCCAGUCCGGAGGCGUCCCGAACGCUUGAGACGCGUAUCCAUCUUCCGAAGCCGCGCGCGUUAUUCGUCGACCGCCCCCUGAGUCACCUCUGCGCCGAAGAUCCUCCUGCAUACUCGUCCUUUAUUGAAGGCGUGUCUCUGCUUGCGUACAAUGUGGCUUGGCUAUGUCGAACCCAGGGCAUGAAAGACAGCUUCAAACAGUGGGAGGAUACUUGUUCGAUCGGUCGCAAUCUGUUCCGACUACUGAUCACGCAAGACACAUACAACCCCCAACGCCUCGAGAAUCCAUUGGAAAAAGAUAUCACCACUUCCAGGUCUUCCAGAUCGAUCCUCCGCAAAUCACCUGUAGGCUUUGGGCAGCUUUCACACGCUACUUCACAUUCCUUCCUAGGCAUGGCCGAGAACGCACAGUACAUCAGCGGAUGGGGCUUGUCGCCAACUAAGAUUAUCGACGAGCUGAGGGGAUAUCUGUUGGCUGAGCAGCAGGCGCAAGAAUGGGACGUGUUGAACCAGAAAGAAUGGGAAGACAUGGAGAAUUUGAUUGCGGAAGACCCCAUACUCGUUGGUGAGAAACGGCGAGGUAACACCGGUCUCGACGAUGGGCGUAGCUACCUCACGUCGACUACGAGGAACGGAAAGUCUUCACCAUCACAGACGGGACAUGUCUCCCAGAGCGAGCAGACAGCGCGGAAGAAAGGCAUAAGCGUCAACACCUCGGAGGGCCUGAAAUUUAGAAAGAAGUUUGUCCUCUCGCUGCAUUUCGAGGUUCAAGUUCCUUCGUACCACCACUUCAACUCCGCCCGCCGUUCAAAGAGUAUUCAGAAGAUCAAGAUGACGCUCCCCGACCACCCUAUCGACACCCCGCCACGCGCGCCGUCACCAGUCCACGGAUUCGGCACGCUCGCCGUGCAUGCCGGAAGCCCUCAUGACCCCGUCACCGGAGCCGUCAUCGAAGCCAUUUCUCUGUCGACAACAUUCGCGCAAACCGCCGUUGGAAAGCCCAUAGGCGAGUAUGAGUACUCGCGCUCCUCGAACCCAAACCGAGACAACUUUGAAAAGGCAGUCGCAGCCCUCGAACACGCCCGCUAUGCGCUCGCGUUCUCGUCCGGUUCCGCCACCACAGCCAACAUCCUGCAAUCGCUCGCCGCAGGCUCACACGUCGUGUCCGUCUCAGACGUCUACGGCGGAACGCACCGCUACUUCACCAAGGUCGCCCUGACGCACGAUGUCAAAGUCACCUUCAGCCCGAGCAUCGAGAUCGACAUCGCCGAGCUCAUCCGCCCCAACACGAAGCUCAUCUGGAUCGAGUCGCCGUCGAACCCCACGCUGACGCUUGUGGACAUCCGCAAGAUCUCCACGAUUGCGCAUCAGCAUGGCAUCAUGGUGGUUGUCGACAACACCUUCAUGAGCCCGUACGUUCAGAACCCGCUGGACCACGGCGCGGAUAUCGUGGUGCACUCCGUCACAAAGUACAUCAACGGCCACUCUGACGUCGUCAUGGGCGCCGCGGCCUUCAACUCCGAUGAGCUAUACGAGCGUCUGUCUUUCCUCCAGAACGCCAUUGGUGCCGUUCCCUCGGCCUUCGACUGCUGGCUCGCACACCGCGGUCUCAAGACUCUGCAUCUCCGCGCGAGGGAAGCAACCAAGAAUGCUACGGGUGUCGCAAAGGCUCUCGAGGCCUCGUCACACGUCGUUUCCGUCAACUACCCCGGUCUACCUUCGCACCCCCAACACCACAUUGCGCUGAAGCAGCACCGUGACGGAAUGGGUGGCGGCAUGCUUUCCUUCCGUAUCCAGGGCGGUCACGCAGCUGCAGAGCGUUUCUGCCAAGCGACCAAGAUCUUCACAUUGGCUGAAUCGCUGGGUGGAGUCGAGUCGCUCGUCGAGGUACCCAGCGCCAUGACACACGGGGGUAUUCCCAAGGAGCAGCGCGAGGCAGCCGGCGUCUUUGACGAUCUCGUCCGCAUCAGCUGUGGUGUUGAGGAUGAGGCGGAUCUUGUUGCCGAUGUUAAGCGUGCGCUUGAGGAGGCCGUUGUUGGUCCUAAGAUCACGAACGGAAAGGUCUCCAACAAUGCUGCGCCGACUGCUCAGUAA